AUGCACUACCUGCACCCCCGCUCGCGCACAACGGGCACUCUCUUCACCACCACCCUCGCCAUCUCCUUCCUCGUCGUAGCCCUUCCCCAUCUCCUCCCCUGUCCUGUAGACCGGCGACAAUAUGCCGACACCAUUGAGAUGCCUGACGGAACUGUCAAGCGAAGACGGAGACGGGUAUCGAAAGAUGAUGACGGAAACGAGGCAGCAGAUGAGGUUCCAUUGAUGAGCCAAGAGAGGCCGAAGCGAGAAUGCCCCGUUCCGAAGCCCGGAGGUCUAAUGGGGCAGCUUAUGGGCUUUGAGCAGAGAGAGCAGAGUGUCCCGAAGGAGGUUGUCGUGCGGACGUUGAGUGCGAGGGAAAGAGGGCCUUCCAUUAAGGCUGGGAAUGGAGAAGGGUGA